AUGCUUCAAACAGAGCUCGACGACGAGCUUGAGACGGAGCCCAAGAGGCGUCGUCUCUCGCUGGACGAUAGACUGGCAUGGCCGGCAGGGCCGAGCACAGCGGCCGAGGCCGUGAACUGGGCGCCGAAAGUGCUCGAGGAGCUCCGUGACAAGGGCUUGCAGUACUUUGAUACGGACUUCGCCGAGAGAUUGUGCAAUGUGUUUUGCCGCAAAGGUUUCUGUCUGCGCACGGAUUACAGCGGCAUGGGCGGUGCAGAAGAAGCUGUGGUGCAGUUGUUGGGUGCAUUUCCGGUGUCAGACGGAUUGGUGCCCAACGUCAUAUGUCAACGAGCCGGCGACAUUUUGUCCUAUGCUCGCUGCACCCUCCAGGCGCAUCGUGCUCACGGAGCUUGCGGACCUCAGUGUAUCCAUGUGAACUUACUGGAGAAAGACCGGUUCCCACCAAAGCUUUUGGAACAACUGCAAACAUUGAGAGCUGCUUUUUUGGAAAAGGCUGAGCUGCAACAGCGUGUCAAAAAAACGGAGAAAUACAAGUCCCUUGGAAUCAAGUUUGUGGAAGAGGCGUUGGAGAUGAUAACCCGCUUCAUGGGCGAGCAUUCUGUGCCGUACCGAGCCUGGUGCGACGUCCACGGCAAGCGCUGUGCAAUUUACCCUGCACCACCUGCUGAGCUUGUUGCACCGGUGCUGUGCAAUGUAUCCGGCAUCAGUUGUAUUGAUUGGUCCAAGAUGGGCUCGAUGCAGAGGUGGCUUGGGCCAACGGUUGAGCCAUUUCUUGUAUGGCUGUGGGAACGGCUCAAUGGAAACGAAGAUAUGGUUGUUGUGGAGAAUGUCGUGCUUUUCGACGACUUCACUUUGGCUAGGCUGAUGUCAUCAAAGUUCCACAUGGUGAGCCUCAAGGUAUGCCCCACGUUGCUGGGUCUGCCGAUACAGCGGGAGAGGAAGUACAUGGUCUUCCUCUCAAAGAGAUUGAAGUGGCUGCCAUGUGUGACAGCCAUGGGCCACCAGCAAGCUUUUGAGAAGCUGUUCGCCUGCAGCACUCGCAUGCGUGGAGAUCAGAUGAUGCGUGCCCCGGAUGCAGAGGUCCGGGAUGCCAUACGGGAAAUGGCCAAGGCUCACGGCCUGCCUUUGUGCCGGCGAAGUGGAAAGGAGUGGAGCUUCUUUUUGGCCAUGACGGGUGCAGGUCAGGCCGCUGUCAAGAAGCACGAGGAUGCCGUCGUGGAGGCCGGCCAUGCCCGCAAAGCAUCCCUCAUCGUGAAUUUGGCCAACAGUCCCCAGUAUAUUGGUGCCCGGCCGACUGGAUAUGUCCCGGCUUUGCUGCGUAGCUCGAAGCUUUGGUCCUUUGCCAAAGAACGGUGUGUGCUGCCGUCUGAGUUGCUCGAGAUGCAAGGCUACAACAUCCAUGGCGACAGGCCGUCUGCAAUAUCCAAUGUGCUGAAAGAGGGAUCGUUGACAGAUUCGCAGCUUCGUGAGCUCACCGGGAACGGCAUGCAUGUGCAGUGCGUGGGCUGUGUGCUCGCGUUUGCAGUUGCCUUGACGACUCGGGAGUCCGAGAAUGCCUAA